GAUAAUUGUGACAUUUAGACUCAGCUGAUCUGCUCUGGCGGUUUGUUGGUUUAUCAUUUUUCAAUUUUUUCUCGUGUUUUAAUUAACUUAAUUGUUGUUCAUUUGUAUUUAAACUUAAUUGUUUUUUUGAUAGUUAAGCUCCAAGUUAAUCGGUUUCUAAUUGUUAAUUAUCUAAUUUCUCAUGACGACUCGAGCCUUACCAAUUAAACAAUAUCUUACUGAUUGGUUUCGUUCAAAUCAUUCACUUCGAUUUAAAUUCAAGACUUUACAAUCUGUUAAUGGUGAACUCUUAUUGCGACCAACAUUACAAUCAAAUGUUAAUGAUAAAUUAGAUUCUGAUGCCGUUCAGAAGGUGAUCUAUCGUUUACCUCAAGAAGUUUCUUUCGUCGAGGAAGCGACAGUUGAAGAUUCUAAUGAAGGUCCUGUCGUUCAGUUAAUCAUAAAACGUGAUGAUUUUAUCAACGAUACGAUAAAUAAAUUGCGUCAUAAUCUAGAUGAUUUUCCUAAAAUUUGUGGAUUAAAUUCAAACGAACCAAUUAGACAAAUAAUUGAAUUUAGCUCGCCCAAUAUUGCCAAACCAUUUCAUUGUGGACAUUUACGAUCAACGAUUAUCGGAAAUGCCUUAGCAAAUAUUAAAAGUUAUCUUGGAAAUGAUGUGAUUAGAUUAAACUAUCUGGGUGAUUGGGGAACACAAUUUGGAUUAUUAUCUCAUGGUUAUGAUCUGUUUGGAAAUGAAGAUGCUCUUAAAUCUAAUCCAAUUAAACAUUUAUACGAUGUUUAUGUUAAAGCUAAUCAAGUAUCAGAAACUGAUGAUACUUUUAGUGAAGAAGCAAAAUCCAAAUUCAGAUCAAUGGAGUUAAAUUGUAAUGAACAUGAGACCAGAAAGUGGACCCUAUUCAGAAAAUAUUCAAUGGAUGAAUAUGAUAAAAUAUAUCGUAAUUUAGGUAUUACUUUUGACGAUUUUCACUUUGAAUCAAUGUACAGUCAACUAGCUCAUCACUGGAUUAAACAAUUAGAAACUCUUGGAUUAACUGAAACGUAUUCGGAUGGAGGCAAGUCGAUAACUCUUGAAGAUUUGAAGAAAAAAAAUCCCGAUGAUGAUGAAGACGAAAACCAAAGUACCUUUACCAGAGUCAUGUUGAUGAAAAAUGACGGCAGUAGCCUUUAUAUUAGCAGAGAUAUUGCCGCUGCUAUCGACAGAAUGGAAAAGUAUAAUUUCAACGAAAUGUAUUAUGUCGUCGGAAAAGAGCAAACUGCACACUUUCAGCAACUUCGAUCGAUUCUAUUGAAAAUGGGCCACAAUUGGGCAAGAAAUCUUUUCCAUGUGAGUUUCGGUCGAGUUAUUGGAAUGAGAACCAGAAAGGGAGAAGCUGUAUUUCUACAGGAUAUUAUUGAUGAAGCUAAACAGAAAUGCAUCGAAUCAACUUUAAAAUCCAAUACAACCAAAAGUGAUCCUAGUCAAAUUGAUCGAUUGGCCUCAAUUCUUGGAUUGACUGCAAUUUAUACUUAUGAUUUAAAAAUACCAAGAGGUUCAGAUUAUAAAUUCAAUUGGUCGAGUGCCUUAAAUUUGAAAGGACAAUCAGGAAUUAGUUUACAAUAUGUUCACGCGAGGAUACACAGCAUUGAAAAAUUGUCCAAUGUGGAUCUCGAUUUAAAUACCCAGUUAAACAUUGAAGCAAUCGACGGAUCUUUUUGGAAUAAACUUUUAAUUCAUUUAUCGCGAUUUGAUGAUGUUCUCGAUGAAACUUCUAUGAGACGUGAUCCAAGUAUUUUAGUUCGAUAUUUAACCGGACUCAGUAAAUUUACUAAUGGUUGUAUAACGGUUUCCAAGGUGAAAGGAGAACCUAAAGAAAUUGCUCAAACAAGAUUAUUAGUUUACCAUUGUAGCAGAAAAAUAUUACAAAAAGGUCUCAAUUUAAUUGGAUUAGAAGCCUUGGACAAGAUAUGAAAUUAAUCUGAUUGGUGGUUGGAAAAGGAGAUUAAUCCCUCAAAUAUCAUUGGAAAUGAAGAGAUUCGAGAUUAAUAAUAGCCAUAGUGAUUUGGAUUCUUUCAAGGAAUAACCAGUCUUUUUUUUUCUUUGAUACCAAAAUUUAUACAAGUUGAUACAUUUUCAUAAAUCAAUUAUCAAUUUUCACCAUUGAA